ACUCCCUCAAGCAGAACCAUGCCGAUCCGUCAGUUCCAAGUCGUUGGCCGCAAGGCCCCCACCGAGAAGGAGCCGAACCCGCCGGCUUACCGCAUGAAGCUGUUCGCCCCCAACCCGGUGCUGGCUCAGUCGCGCUUCUGGUACUUCCUGCACCAGAUGAAGAAGAUGAAGAAGACCACGGGCGAGAUCCUGGACAUCAACGAGCUGACGGAGAAGAACCGCCGCGUCGUCAACAACUACGGCAUCUGGAUCCGCUACAACUCGCGCAGCGGCACCCACAACAUGUACAAGGAGUACCGUGACGUGACCCUGUGCAAGGCCGUGGAGCAGAUGUACUCGGAGCUGGCUGGCCGCCACCGCGCCCGCCCACGCUCGAUCCAGAUCAUGCGCACCGCCAUCGUGGCUGCCAAGGACACGCAGAAGACGAACGUGCAGCAGUUCCACGACUCCAAGAUCUCGUUCCCGCUGUCGCACCGCCUGCCGCGCGCCGCCGAGAAGCACCACAAGACGGUCUUCAAGGCCUCGCGCCCCUGCACCUUCCGCGGUUAAGCAGUUGCAGUCUGUCUGCAAUCGCUUGGCGGCUUGUUGCCACGCUGUCUUGCAACCUUUUGGGUUAGCUUAGUCAGUGAUAAGCAACAGUUCGAAGGGUUUUAAUGCAAUCGAAAGAUGGGAGUUUUUCGACCUUGACACCCAUUUUGGUUGUGGU